AUGGUUAGGAAAACCAAAUGGGAACCAUGUCUUUUUAACAGCACCCUCGAGCAGGUGGGAACAACGGAAACGUCGUUUAAUCAGGGCGUGGAGUCUUCAGGUUUGUGCGUGCAGGUUGCUGGAGACGCUGAACGAUCGGCUACAAACCUUACAGCUAUAGGGUUUGACUCCACUGUGUGUUCUUCUGUGAAUAGCCAGCUUGCUCGACUUUCGCAAAACCCUUUCCACAAGAUUCACACCUCGAGGGUGCUGUACUCCAAGCAGGAGCUCGACCAACACGUAAGAGAGGCAUAUUCGUCCAUCUCAAUGAUUCCUUGUUCACAGUGCGACAAGCUGUUCACUGACAAAGAUCAUCUGAAGGAACACACGUUCGUGCACACUAAACUUAAACCGUUUUCCUGCUCGCAGUGCGAGAAAUCCUUCGCCAGACUUCAUAGUCUACAGCAGCACGAGUCUCUUCAUUCCACGGAGAAAUCUCACCACUGCCAGAAAUGUAAUGCCUAUUUCCACAAGCAAGCAGAUCUGCAGAAGCAUAUGCGUAGUCACAGGAACGACUCCUCUCCAUGGUGUGAACAAUGGGACAUGUCUUUUCCAACGUCUAAGGAUCUUCAUGAACAUUCCUGUAGUGUCCACGCAAAAGAUGGUGAUUUCAAAUGCAGUCACUGCAGUAAGCAGUUCAGGCGCAGGGUAGACUUUGAUGUGCACACGAGAACGCACACGGGACUGAAGUUGUUCAAAUAUAACAUCUGUAACAGAGGAUUCUGUGGGAAAAGUGGUCUCAGAAAACACACCCUGGGAAAACACACUGUGCGUACAUCAAACUGA